AUGACACCGCCUACUCUCACACCAUCCCGGUCCUCAUCCUCUCAAAAUCCCCAGCUCAUCUCACCUGGGCCCCUGACACCGUCAUCUUUCUCCGCCUUCGGCACCGCCAUCUCCGCCCCAUUCUCCGCCUCAUUGAACAACGUACCCAAGUCGAUUCCGCAGCCAAUACACUCACCACAUCAACCCACCGCGGUUUUCGCGAACCAAAAUUCCGCCCUGAAAACCUCGCCGAUCUCGCAGUUCGCCAACAAUUACCCGCCGGCCAAACCAGGUGAUCAUGCGGCCUCAACCCCCCAGAUGAGCAUGUUUUCUUGCUUUCCCCGGAAUAUCAGCGGCGUGGGGAUCGAGAGGACCGACACCGGAAAGAUGGUGUUCAAGGUCUCAAUUCUCGAACGGCACCCGUAUACCACGCAGACAUUUAGUCCGCUGGGCCUCUCCGCCUCAGAUAGGUCGACGGCAUUUCUCAUCAUCGUGGCCCCGUCACUCUCCUCCCCGGCCACAGCGACAACGGCUACGGGCCGGACCGUUGGGAUAUCCAAUCCCCCAGAUCUCUCGCAAUUAAAGGCAUUUGUGGCGCGAGGCGAUCAGGCAGUCACGUAUGGACCGGGCAUGUGGCAUGCACCGAUGGUCGUAGUGGGUCAGCGGAGGGUGGAUUUUGUGGUGACGCAGUUUGCCAAUGGCGUGCCGGACGAUGAUUGUCAAGAAGUGUUGCUGGGUGACAACGCGUUGGGCGUGGAUAUAGGGACGCUUGGUUGGGAAUUAAAAGCGAAGUUGUAA